AUGUCCCCAUCACAUCCUCUCCGGCGCAUCUCCACAGGGUCACUCUCCGGUCUCGCCCGCUCGACCGACCGGUCCACCAAGUCUGCCGCCGAGCUCGACUUUCUCGCUCCGGCGCUCACCGAACUUGCCGAUGAAGCGGCGACACUGGCCGCCAACAUGCAGCGCGUGGGGCAGCUGCACGAUGCCCUGGGCACGUUCAACGAAGGGUUCUCGGCCUACCUUUACGCGAUGAAGAUGAACGCCUUCUGUAUCGAGUGGGACGAGGCGCCCGACCCGAGCAGCUGGGCACGAAAGGAGGAGCUCGAACGCCUCGAGGCCCGUACCGCCGUGGCAAGUGGCAGCGGCAAUGUGCUGGCAUCGUCGUCGUCGUCAGCCACGCGUGCGUCCAACGCGCCCCCGACUCCUGGCCGUGAGCCGUCGUCUCCGGGCGGAUAUGCCGGCGACAUGACGUACGCAACGGUGUACGAUGACGAGCAGUCCCGCCGCACGACGACUGCUGCCAAGGCUCGGCCCGGAGCCGCCGCUGGACCCAGCGGUGCCGGUGCAGGUGGACGGCCGAGCGCGCUCAAGAAGCCUACCGCCACCACGGCGGCGGCUAAGAAGGCUGCGUUGGCAGCAAAGAAGAAGAGGGACAUCGAGGUUUCGCGCAUCAUCGACACCCAACUGCCCCUCGAGUACCGCGGCGGGGACAUGGACGCUAGGUUAGGCAUGGAGAAGGUUAUUGGACGACUCAUGGACAGCGAGGAAGGUCUUGCGAUCGCCGAAAUUGUCGCUCCCCCUGAACUCCCCCAUCCGCGUGUCAACAAGGCACUCAUCGCUCUCGUGGCCAAGAAGCUUGUCGCCAAGAACAUGACAAAGGGCAAGACCAUCUAUGGAUGGGUUGGGCAGUAA